CAUUGUUUCUAACUCAACUCUUUCUUGUUGUGUGUGACAUAGCUACUGCUUCCUUUGUUGAUACUAAACAUGGCGGAGUCCAUUGAACAAGGAAGCGAAGAAAAGUGGAAGGGGAAGGCCAUAGCAGAAGUAAAAGGAGUGAAAGCAGAAAAAGUUUGGCCUCUGUUGGAGGAUUUCUUUGGCCUCAGCAAAUGGUAUCCCACUCCUCUCUGCAUUCCCGUCGAAGGCCUCUCUGGGAAACCAGGGUGCGUGCGUUUCUGCGGUGGUUUCAAGACACCAGUGGAUGGUGAUGACAAAAAAGCUUUGAACUGGACCAAGCAGAAACUGUUAUCCAUCGACCCUUCUCAAUGGACCUUCACCUAUUGUAUUGUGGAUUCAAACGUUGGGUUUAACUCCUACUUUGCAACUUGGACGGUGAGGCCAACCGCUGAAGGGUGUGAGGUUGAGUGGCGCUAUGAAGUUGAACCGGUCGAAGGGUGGAAACUUGAAUAUCUUGAUUCCUUCGCAGACAAAGGCUUGCAUGCCAUGGCUAAGAACAUGGAACAAGGUUUGAAGACCAUGGAAGAAGCUCUCGAGUCCCACAAGUAAAGGACAAACUCAGAGACUCUUGUUUAUUUACAUGUUUUGUUCCUUUUCAUCGACAGGUAUUAGUCGUUAGUAUUUUGGCAGUGAAAACUUCAACUCAUUACUUCUCUCAUUCUUUUCUUUCAAACUUGUAGAAGAAAUACAUCUUGGUGGGAAUCCAAGUGUGAGUUUAAGGUUUACAUUGGUUAUAAA